GCCUGUAAUUGUUUUCCUCACUCAUGUUAGUCAGGUCGAUUCAGCUCGAUUGCACAUCGGCCACAGUAGAACUUUUCGAAAGCUUCAGAUGGACUCGGAAGAGCGCGGCGGCCUAUCCCGGAAGGCAGGCAUGAAUCCCGGUCCUGCCAAGUGACAACCUCCGUCAGGAGGUUCAGAGGAUCCAUGCGAGGACAAUAUCAAUGUAUUCCAUAGACGAGAAAUACGAUUACAGGUGAGGCCGUCGACGUGAGCGAAUAACUCGGCUGAUUUAUGUUGCGGCUACGUACGUUCAACAACUGUACAUCAUGUCAACAGGCCAGUAUGGCCGAGGACUUUCUCGUUAUUAUAAAAAACUACUUAUAGUCUUUCGGGGCGUACCCUAUGCCGACUAGUUACAGGACUAUCCCAUUAGCUGGCAAGUUAUCUCUAAAGUCUGGGCCUUCUGUCAAAGUUUUUGAGAUGCGCCCUGGGCUCGUCGCGGUGACCGUGCAUUCUGAAACGCGGCAUUGUAUACGAAGUGGUGAUGUGACCAAGAAUCUGAGCGUCACAAACUUGAGCGUUGAAUCUGCUGGCGCUCCCUUCUGUGACACCGAUCUGGUUCUUGAGAGUCCUGAAUGUCGCGUCCGCAAUGCGCACAAUCAAACGGCACCACCAUUACGUCUGUACGACACGGGUAAUUCGCAACCACACACCUCGGCAACGCCUGAAUUCUGCCCUGUUCGUGCCCUGGAUAUCCUAUUCCGUACACCGGCUGCCGAUGCCGAUGACUCGAUGGCCAUUCGCGAUGCUAUUCCAUUGUCGAAUGACGAGGAUGUCAGUUGGUGGUUAGUGCCUGGGAGUGAUCUGGUGUCUUUGUGUAAGGUCCCUGAGCGUAAUCUGGUAGCAGUUAUGACAUUUUGGUCACGGUAG